CUCAUCCUCUCCCCUAGCUCUUUUUAUCGUUUUCAAUAGCUGCUUCCCUUCGUGUAUAUAUAUAUAUAGACACACACACACACACGUUCCUGUAUUCGUCUGUAUGUCUUUCUCUCUAUAAAAAGAACCGCUUUAUUGACGCUUCAAUUCCAGCAAGUGGAGCUGAAGGGAGGACUAUUGAGGGGAAAUGACUGGGAUUGUAAGUGAGGGGUCUGGAGGGGAUAGGUCGGUGGAGGGGAUUUCAAAUGGGCAGUGUUUUCAAUCAGGGGAAGCAUUGGCCGAAUGGCGGUCUUCCGAGCAGGUGGAAAAUGGAACACCUUCAACCUCACCCCCUUAUUGGGACUCUGACGAUGAUUAUGAUAGUGGGCUGAAGCCUUCUGAAUUAUAUGGGAAGUAUACAUGGAAGAUAGAGAAAUUUUCGCAGAUUAACAAAAGAGAACUUCGCAGUAAUGCAUUUGAAAUUGGUGGCUACAAGUGGUACAUUUUAAUUUAUCCACAAGGUUGUGAUGUUUGUAAUCAUCUCUCAUUGUUUCUCUGUGUUGCUAAUCAUGACAAACUUCUUCCAGGUUUGAUAUUAUCACUAAAUUUCAAUUUGGAUUCACUAUCAUAUUGUAUUCUGUUAUUGGACUUAUAUGGUUCCUCUCUCUACUCCAAGACAGGUUGGAGUCAUUUUGCACAGUUUACAAUAGCUGUUGUGAAUAAAGAUCCAAAGAAAUCAAAAUAUUCAGAUACUUUACAUCGAUUUUGGAAGAAAGAGCAUGACUGGGGAUGGAAAAAGUUUAUGGAGCUCUCAAAACUUUAUGAUGGAUUUAUAGAAUCUGACACACUAAUCAUAAAAGCUCAAGUUCAAGUGGUUAGGGAGAAAGUAGACCGCCCUUUUCGUUGCCUUGAUCGUCAAUAUAGGAGAGAACUUGUUAGAGUAUAUUUGACAAAUGUAGAGCAAAUUUGUUUCCGUUUUUUGGAUGACAGACGAAAUAAACUGGGGAGCUUGAUAGAAGACAAAGCUACGUGGUCAAGCUUUUGUGCUUUUUGGUUUGGGAUAGACCAAAGUACCAGAUGCCGAAUGUCUAGGGAGAAAACAGAUAUGAUUUUGAAAGUAGUUGUGAAGCACUUUUUUAUAGAGAAGGAGGUGACAUCUACUUUGGUAAUGGAUUCGCUAUAUAGUGGGUUGAAGGCUCUCGAAGUCCAGAGUAAAGGCAACAAAACAAAGUCAAAGUUAUUGGAUGCUGAAGAAAUGCCAGCUCCAAUUGUUCGUGUUGAAAAAGAUAUGUUUGUAUUAGUGGAUGAUGUGCUAGUUCUUCUAGAAAGGGCUGCUGCUUUAGAACCAUUACCACCGAAAGAUGAGAAAGGUCCUCAAAACCGAUCAAAGGAUGGGAAUUCUGGAGAGUAUUUCAACAAAGAUUCAAUUGAGCGUGAUGAAAGGCGCCUUACAGAAUUGGGCCGCAGGACAGUGGAAAUAUUUAUUCUCUCUCAUAUUUUCAGCAACAAAAUAGAAGUUGCCUACCAGGAAGCUGUUGCUUGGAAGAGGCAAGAAGAGCUCAUCCGGGAAGAAGCUGCAUGGCUGGCUGAAAGCGAGCAGAAGGCUAAACGAGGAGCAUCUGAGAAAGAGAAAAAAUCUAAGAAAAAACAGGCUAAGCAAAAACGAAAUAAUCGAAAAAGCAAAGAUAAAGGGAGGGAGGAAAAGGCUUUUGUGGCAGCGAAGGAGAAACACCAAGAAGAUAACCGAGACAAUGAAACGGAUGCCUCUAUGAUGGUGGAGGUGCAGCUGGUGCCUGAAAAAUCUUAUCUUCCAGAUGAUGUUUCCGAUGUUUCUGAAGCAGUUGAUUGUGGCAUUGAAGCUCUUCAGCCUGAUUCAGAAGACAGAUGUGCUAGUCCUGUUGGUUGGGAUACAGAUACAUCCGAAGUUCACCCUCCCACAGAAGCUAGUAGCAGUGGAAUAAGUAGCUUAUCAUGUAUGCAAAAUGAAGUAGCUGAUAAAAGGAGCCCAUCUACGAUGGAUGAUAGUUCCUCAACAUGUUCGACAGAUUCGGUACCAUCAGUAGUAACAAAUGGCUCCUAUAAAGGCAACUUAUUUUCAAACAACCAAAAUAAGAAAUCACCUAGCAGAGGAAAGAACCAGCUAAGUAAAACGUCAAGUGAUGAUGGUAGUUGGAUCACAGAAACUGAUAAUCAGCCGCCUUCCCCUGCAUUAGAUGGAGGGGAUUGUAAUGAUGCUUCUGAAAGCAGCAAGGCAGGUGAAUCCGAGUCCGAGGCUGCUCUUUCCUCCUCGCUGGACCAGACUACUUGGGUUGACCAGGAUGCUCUUAAGAAGGAAGUUGUUUUGCUGCAAAAGAAACCAAGCACCCACGAUCCGGUUGAUUUAGAAAGGCCUAAGGGGAAGACAGUUGCUAUACCAUCCUCUCCGAGAAAUCUGCGACCGACUGCUAAGUUUGGGUCAGAUUACAGUAUUGCUGUCAGUGUAGGUUCUGUGCUAGUUAGGAAGGCAUCGUCAAAUGACCUGCGGCAGAGUGAUCAACCUGCAUCUUCGAAAACAUCGAUCCAAAUGACUAGUAUACCAAAAUCCGAGAUUCAAAAGGCUGCAACUUCAAAACCAGCUGAAAAUCCUGUGACCCCACAAGUGCCUGUGAUGUCAAGUCCCUCUAGUGCUCCUCAAAUUUCUAGUCUUAGGCCAACUGCUCCUGUUGUUUCUAUGGUUCAAACAACUGCGGUUCUUUCUCGUUCUGUUAGCGCAGCUGGCUGUUUAGGUCCCAACACAACCCCAGCUACAAGUUAUGUUCCUCAAUCUUACAGAAAUGCCUUGGGUAACCAUGUUGCUCCUGGUUCUAGUCAUCCUAACUUCUCUAGCUCAGUAGCAUACUCACAACCACCAGCCUCGGUACCUGCACCAGUGUAUAUACCCCAGAGCUCAGAGAGGACGGACCCAAAUUCUGUGCAACCAGGCUUUCCAUUUGGCAUGGUAACUCGGGAUAGCCUGCCAAAUGCACCCGGGUGGAUUGAGAGUUCUCAAAGGGAUGCCACUACAAGUAUGCACUCUAUUCCUUCUUCAUUGCUUGAGAUUGAAAAUCUUGACUUGUCUACUGAUUUUCCAGGCUGCACAACCGGACGUCAGACCCAAGGUGUCUUUGCCGAUGAGUUCCCCCAUCUCGAUAUCAUCAAUGACUUGCUUGACGAGGAACACAAUGUCGGGAGGGUAGCCAGGUCAGCAACACGCUUCCAUUCUCUUGGUUUAUUAAACCGUCAUGUUUCGUCUCCAUCCAAUUUGGGCAUGUUGGGUGAGACAGUAUCCUCAUGCGGGUUUGAACAAGCAUGGAGUUACUGGAACAAUGGGUUCCAGCAAGGUUACAGAAAUUCCUUGGGAAACCAUUGCGAUACAUCUAGAGAAUAUAUUCCACAACCUAGCCCCCUACCUUAUGCCAAUGGACUAACUGAUGGAUUGACCCCAACACAUUGGCCAAUGGCUUCACUUGGCAUGAGGAAUGCUGAUGCAGUCAAUUAUCCAUACUACGGUCGAGAGUAUUCUAAUCUGGUCUGUGGUGUCAACGGCUAUUCAGUAUUCCGACCAUCCGAUGGACUCUAAAACAGGUAACCUACAGUCGUAGUUUGGCCACAAAUUCGAUCGUUGCUUUAUAAGAUAUGUAAUAAUAUAUUUUACUAGGAAAACUGUUGGGUUGGAGUGAGUUUGUAAAAUUUUCUUAAGGGGAAAAAAAAAACAUUAAAAGGUGUUAUUUA